AUGAAACGACUUGGUAUUGUUUGGUUUCGCGAUGAUCUACGAUUACAUGAUAAUGAAACGCUCGCAUGGGCUCAUAUGAAUAACGAUUAUGUUAUUCAUAUAUAUUGUUUUGAUCCACGCCAAAUAACAGCUAAAACAUACAAAUGUGAUUUUGUUAAAACUGAUAAAUAUCGAUUAAAAUUUCUUAUUGAAACAAUUGAAGAUCUCAAUACAUCAUUAAUCAAUAAAGGAAGUGGUCUUUUGACUUAUCGCGAUACACCAGAAAAUGUUCUUACUCAAUUGAUUGAACAAUUUAAAAAUAUUUUCGAAAUAACAAUUGCUUUUCAACAACAAGUUACACAAGAAGAAACAGAUGUUGAAAAAACAAUUCGUCAAUUGACUAUCGAUAAUACUAUACAUGUGAAAGAAUUUUGGACAUUAACAUUAUAUCAUCCUGAUGAUUUACCAUAUAAUAAUCCAAAAGCAUUUCCAGAUGUUUAUACACAACUCCGAGUAGCACUCGAAAAACAAGGUGUACGAGUACGACGUUUAAUUAAUAUUCCGGAUACUUUUAAACCAUUGCCUGAUGGUAUUAUCUCAACACCUGUACCAAAGUUGUCAGAUUAUGGAUACUCAAAUGAAACUAUACAUACAAAUAGUGUAUUUACAUUACAAGGUGGUGAAUCAUCUGGUCUUACUCAUCUACAUAACUAUAUUUGGAAUAAAAAUUUAAUUAAAUCGUAUAAAGAAACACGAAAUAGUUUAACUGGUCCAGAAAAUUCAACGAAAUUCUCACCAUGGUUAUCAAAUGGAUCAUUAUCUCCUCGAAAAAUUUUUUUUGAAAUUAAAAAAUAUGAAAAUGAACAAAAUAUACAUGAUGCUGGAUAUUGGAUUAUAUUUGAAUUACUUUGGCGUGAUUUUUUUAAAUUUAUUGCAAUGAAAUAUGGUACACGACUUUUCUAUGGACGUGGUCUUAAAUUAGAACCAUAUAUAUGGAAACAUGAUUUAAAGCCAUUUGAAGCAUGGAGAACUGGUAAUACUGGUAUUCCAUUUGUUGAUGCUAAUAUGCGUGAGAUUAUGGCUACAGGUUGGAUGUCAAAUAGAGGAAGACAAAAUGUUGCAAGUUUUCUUACGAAAGAUCUUGGUAUUGAUUGGCGAUAUGGAGCAGUAUGGUUUGAAUCGAUUCUAAUUGAUCAUGAUGUUUGUUCAAACUAUGGAAACUGGAUAUAUGUUGCUGGUGUGGGAACUGAUCCAAGAGAAAAUCGACAUUUUAAUGUAGUUAAACAAGGAUUUGAUUAUGAUCCUAAUGGUAUCUUUGUACGAAUAUGGUGUCCUGAAUUAGCUCGAUUACCAAAUGAAUAUAUUCAAACACCAUGGUUAGCACCAGCUCAUAUUCUCAAAGAAGCAGGUUUAGAGCUUGGAGUUAAUUAUCCUCGACCAAUUAUAAUUGUGCCACAAUGGAAUCAACAAUUUCAAAAUCGUCGAAAAUCAAUACAAAAUCAACAUCAUACACAACAACGUGGCAUAAACUUUUAUUUUAAAAAUCAUGAAAAACGAUAA